GCCAUCAAUCAGCCUUGUUCUUUCCCCCAAACAACAUUUCUCAGCCUUGUCUUGGGUUUGGCACCGGGCUUGAACCACCCCAUCUUCUCGUCUCGACUUUUACACUUCUUACUUUUGCAGUCCAACAAAGUCUUUUCUCGACUCUUACACUCAACAUUCAACCAUUACAUUCGUUUUUAUCAAAGGAUACAGAAACUCACCGCAACCGACAACCACCCAUCAAGGUUCUCCAGCUACUCCGAGGAACACAUUUCACCAUCCACCACAACCACCACCCGACAAACCAAUUCUCCGGCCCCUUUCAACUGUUUUCUUUCCCUCAGUUUAUUUUUAUUUUUAUUUUUAUUUUUAUUUUUACAAAAUCAAUUUCUACCAACCCACGCUUGAAAAUGUCCAACAACAACAACCCCUCCACGCCCGUAAAAAUCCCCCCUUCGGCAGCUGGCUACACACCCGCCACCCUCGACCCCGAACUCCGCUCGUCAAUCAACGGGACCUUGAUCAAAGAGGGUCAUGUCGCCAAAAUCCAAGAAAUCCUCCUCCACACCCUCCACGCAAACCCAACCAACUGGCCCACCCUCGUCGAGAACCACGCCCGGGAUUUGUUGCGGUCGGGCGAGGUGACCACCUUUCCGGUCUUGCUGAAGAGGGUGAUGGAUGAUAUUAGGCAUGAUACCGCUCUUGCUCCGAGCAACAGAGCAGCGAAUGGGACGCCGGGUCAGGGGGAGGAGGUGAACGUUAAUGGGAAGAAUGUGAAUGUUAAUGGGAAUGGGAUCAAGGUUGGUGGUGGGGGAAGGGGGGAGAAUGGUAAUAGUUUGGCGUUGCCACAGCAGGUGGUGGAGGAUGCGUUGAGGGUUACGAGGGCGGCGUUGGAGGGGGUGGUGGAGAUUGAGGAGGGGAAUCCUUAGGGGGGAAUGAGGGUGAGGAAGGGGACGGGGUUUGCGAAGGGGGGAAAGGGUGAUGGGGAUGGGGCUGCUGGAGCGGGGGGGUUUGAGGAUAGUGAUGGGGAUGGUGCCAACUAGGAUACUGGAGACGAGAAUUUACCGCCACCGCCGCCAUUGGAAGAAGAAGAACGGGGUGCCGAAGAGAGUGGGGAGGAUGAGUCUGGAGACGAUGAUGCAGGCGAGGAUGAAGAAGACGAAGAUGAAGAAGGCGAGAGUGACGCUGAUGAUGAAGCGGGGCCGCACGGCGACAGCGACGAGAGCGACGCUGAUGAAGACGAGAGGGAGCCAGCGGGAGAGGAACCAUCGAGAGAGGAACCAGCGAGAGAGCAAGAUCUUGCGAGAGAACAGAGUAGUGGGGGCGAAACACUGGUGGAUGAAGAUGGAGAGGUGCCUGGUUUUCACGAUGAGGAGACGGCUGUUGAGACUGACAACGACGCAACUGUUGAUGAGGACUAUGAUGUGAUUGAUCCUCUGACUAGCGAGCCGUAUCCAGAGGGGACUGGCCCUCGUCAUCGGCAUGCUGCUGAUGUGUAUUCUGAUCCGAGUAGAGGAUUAUCAUACAGAAGAGGGGGAUGAUCUCGGUGGGUGAUUCUGACUCCGGGAUCGUGGCAAUGGCAUGGGUUUUGGAGACGGAGGGGGAGAGUCGGCCAGUUCGUGAAUCAGCUGAAUCUGGGGAAUGAGGAACGAGUCUAAUAGGGAUGGGUGACAAGAGUGUGUGGAUAUGGAUAUAUCAGCGGGGGAGGAAUCACCACGAGGUUUUGGUUUGUGUUUUUUUCUUCCAGAGCGAAAGGAAGAGUUUAGGGGAUGCAUUAUAAUAUGUCAGGGCGCCCACAACCAAGCGAACGAUAAGCAGUAGGGUAGGCCUUACACAGUUGAUAAUGGGAAAGCGAGUUGGGGGCAAGGGGGAAAUAUUGGUUUUUAUGCACACAACACUUGUGUAUAUAUAGAUAUAUCACACCAAGAACA